UAUUAUAGAGUAUCACUAUUUAUACCAUUACUGGAAAAUAUCCUAGAAGACUUAAGAUCAAGAUUCAUAAGAAAAGAAAAUAAGAUGUUAUUAGAUUUAUGUUUGUUAAUUCCACGCUACAUUACUGACAUUUCUAAUGACGAUUUUAAAAAAAUAACAGAAGCUGCCACAGAAUUAUUUGUAUUUAAUGAAGAAGAAUCUGUUGACCAAAUCGAGCUAAAAACAGAACUAGAUCUAUGGAAAACUAAAUGGCAACGAAUAAAAACUGAUGGUCAUGAAAUUUGUCAAGAUGCUUUGUCAUCAAUGGAAAAUUGUAAUAGUAUCAUUUAUCCAACUUUGCAUAAAUUAAUAAGUAUUAUUGCUUGUCUGCCUAUUAGUGUAGCAUCCGCAGAACGCAGCUUUUCAACGCUUAGAAGAUUGAAAACCUGGUUAAGAUCUAGAAUGGGACAAGAACGCUUGACUGGUUUGGCUUUGCUAAACAUACACCAUACUUUAACCAUAUCAGUAGAUGAUGUUAUAAAUAGAUUUGCUAAUACAAAAAAAAGAAAUAUAGAUUUUGUUUUGUAA